AUGUUAUCUGACACUAAACAGAAUCACGUUCAGAUUGAUGACAUUCAGGAGUAUUCCGACUGGCUUCAAGAGGAGACAGAUAAUGAGGAUAGCUCAACAUCAGACUCCUUCUCGGACAUUCCUGGAGAUAUAAAGGAGAAGCGGCUGAAGCAUCUGUUGAGGAUGAAUCCAACUGCAAGCGAGCGGAUCAGGAAGAUAUGGGCAAGUAGGCUUAAAACGAAGCAGGGGUUGGCUCUGUGGUAUCUGAGGCAGUUGGAGGAGGAUGGUGUCGGUGGAGGUGAGAGGAGCAGUCGAAGGCAAUUGGCACACACUACUGCAGCUAUAUUGUGUCCACCUCCACAAGGCUCGGCAUUCUCUGUACCCAGGCAUCAAGCACCAUCCACAACACACUCAGCAUGCUUAGAGCAAGACGUGCAUGAUAACUUGUGUUGUCCUACACAGCCUAUGCAUGCACUGGGACCUCAGGUGCGGAUCGACAGGCCAAGCGAGGAUAAGCACACUGCUGGUACAACUAGAUUGCUUCCUAGCACAGUGGAAACAAUACUGUCUACACUCGUGCCGCAAGCGCAAGCUCAGUUACAUUCAUUAUCCCUUGCGAAAGACGGAGGCAGUGGUACAAGGCAUCCUGAAACAUUUACACACAUCCCGGACAUUCAGAGGCAGAGUCAUACUUCCAUCAAGGAUGAGCGUAGCGCUGGUGUUGCUAAAUUGAAUGCACCUACAAUAGGCUUAUCGGGUCCCAUAACUGCCCACCCAAUACAGUCUCAGACACACUCGGUAUCCCAGGCACGAGAUGGGCAUGAUAUUGCGAGACGCUCUACAAUGAUCGUUCAAACACCAGAGGUCCGGCAGCAGAAAAAUAUUACCAGCAGCAAGGAUAAGCACACGACUGGUGCUGCUGGUGGACCGGUCGGUUUAAGGCCUUCUUUGGCGCUUUGGAAAGGAGGCCAUAGUCCCAGCGAGGGUAGACAUAGUGUCAGCUCUAUUGGAUUGCAUCCACCCGCAUCAGACCCAAAUUCUAGGCACUGUCUCCAAAUACUGUCUCAGACACACUCAGUGUCACCAGUUCGAGAUGGACACAACAAUUCGAAGCAUUCCACGCCACUCGCCUGUAGAUCAGAGGUUCAUAUGCAGAUGCACAGUUCAAGGAAGAAUGAGCACAGUGUAGGUGCUGCUGGAUUGCAUCUACCUGUACCAGAGUCAGUGUGGCCUAUACCUGUGAACAGAGUACAGUCUCGGACGAAUUUGUUACCACUAAUGCGAGAUGGACGCGACAUCGCGGGUUGCUCGACAGCUCUUGUCCGUAUGCCGGAUGUUCAGCAGCAGACCAAUAUUACGAGUUGGCAUGAGUACAGAGCUGGUGCUGCUGGAUCGCAUCCACUCGCAUCAGAUUCAAAGAAUAAGCACCGUUUCCAAGUACUGCCUCAGACACAGUCGGUGUUCCCUGUGCGGGAUGGACACAAUGAAGCGAGGCGUUCAACGACACUUGUCUGUAUCCCAGAAAUUCAGCAGCAGCGCAACAUCACCAGCGAGAACGAGCGCAGCAUUAGUGCUGCUAGAUUGCAUCUACCUACACCUGGCUCGGCAUUGCCUAUAUCUGCACUCCAAGUACAGUCUCAGACGAAUUCGAUUUUACCAAUGCGAGACGGACGCGACAACGUUACUAGCAAGGAUGUGCGCAGCGUUGAUACUGCUAGAUUGCACGUGCCAACACCAGGCACAGUGCUACCUAGAACUGUACCCCGAGCACAGUCCCAGACACACGCAGUAUCGCCGAUGCGCAAUAGUACUAGGAAACCCAUGAUCAUGGUGACAGAGAUACAAGAGCGUGCCGUCUCACCCGGGAUUCCAUAUGACCCAUCGUCUUUCAAGAAACCUCGUCCUGGCACGCCUUGUAAUUCUGGAGACUCGCCCACUGAGCAAGACUUGCUCUAUCCCUCAGAGGAGCUACCCGAGUCAACAGAAAGCGCCAAUGACCUGCACACGAAUGUGCAAGAUGCGCGUGUGCAAGGUCAUGAGGCAGGUGAUAAAAAAGGAUAUGUACAAUCCUGUAUCCCAAGGAAACGUGUGUAUGAAGAAGUAACGAACAAUAUUAAUGAUCGAGUCGGGGCUGUCGGAAGUCGAACACUGAGCCAGCACGAGGAGCCUACAUCACCAGGUACCGCCCAAGAGGAUCUAGCCGGUGUAGUCAGACAGGAGGGCCUAGUCAGGGAUGAGAUAGAAAGGCCAGCAAGUGCUGUGACAAGCAGCAGCGAGGCUGCGACGAGGACUAGUACCAGCCAUGCCAUCUUGAACAAGGAAAACGAGCCUACAGUAGUAGAUGGACACAGAAAUUGUUCUGGAGCUGCACAAGGAGAAACUAAGUAUACUACGUCAGGUCUGCAGCAAUCACGUGAAGGUUUGUCCAAGGAUAGCGACCGCAGGGCUAGGGACUGGCGCGGAUUCUAUCCACGGAUCCGCACCGCGGAUAGCUUAACCGCGGAUGGAAUUUCCACGGCUACCGCAGUUUCCGCACAUAUCCGCAAGAACAGCCAGUUAAUUUGUGGCCCUACUUAUCCGCGGUUGUUGUUGCGGUCAACGGUGACGGAUGCCGCGCCAGUCCCUACGCAGGGCAUGGAGACACAAGUUGAAGGCAGUAUGGACGCUGACCUAGAGCUGCCUCCGAGGAAUAUGCGUGAGGUGCUCACAUUCAUGGAGAAGCAUGAGGGCCCUCUGGAAAACCUGCUCUCAAUCGGAGAGCGGGUCAAGGCAGAAAUGAGGAAGUAA